ACUGUAAAACCCAAAAGCCUUUAAUGUUUCUGUUUCGGGUUUUUUUAGAUUCACUACCAAAAGUUCUGAAAUUUUGUAGGUUUUUGUUUGUGUGAAUUGUUUGAUGAUUAGAGAAUUGAUUGUAGCUGGGUCUGGAAAGAAAAUUGUUUUCAAUUCAAUUUUGUUGCAGUUUUUUUCCAGAAAUGGACAAGAAUCGAUUGUAAGGGAGGAAAUGAAAUAAUUGCGAAGAAAGUGGAAGAGGGGAAAUUUAGUGGUGUUGGUGAAGUCUAAUCCAGUAUGAACAACAUUGAAAUGGGUUGUUCAAGGUCUGAUGAUAACGAUGAGAUUCAUCCCAAUGUUUCUGUUCGGAAGCGAUUUAAGUUUCCCAAAAAGUUUUUUGAUGAGUGUAAUGGAGUAGAUCAUGCUUCUGUUCCUCGGAAAGUUCGUUCAGCUAUCAAGAAGAGAAUUCGCAAGCUCAUCUCUCCACCUUUGCCGAUUUCCAAAAAGGCGACUCGCAUGUCAGAUGGAGCUGAAACACUAAGGAAAUAUGGCAACAAGUCUAAGCUUAAUUUGACUCAUUGUGGUUCAAGUCGGUGUAUAAAGGAGGAGCUUGAUGGUCCAAUCACCAAAGAUGAAGAGGAAGUGGCUGAAACCUUGUAUGCUUUGGCUGGUAUGGUCCCAGACGUUGACACCUUGAGCGAAAGCAAAAUAAAUAGUCAACUUCCAGAAGUGAAAUCUUUGGACUUACCGGAACCUGAGGCUUCUGUAAUUGCAAGUGGAGUUGUAACAACAGAGCAGGACAUAAGGACAAACAGCUGCCAAUUCAGUGCUGAAGCGUUGAAGCAGUUUCCAGACAUAGCUGUUUCUGCUGGAGAAGCUGCCAAAUCAAAAUCAUUUCAUGAUGCUUCCCCAUGUGAUACAUUCAUCAACACAGAGCAGCUCGAAAUUUCAUCGCAACAAGUUGUUGCUUAUCAAGCCAACCAACAAAACACACACAAGGAGAAGAGGAAUAAUGGUUCAUUGUUGUGGCCAGGCUUGUCUGCAGCAGGGUCAUCUUGUUCCGACAUACUUGAUUCUUCACCACAGUUUCCAAUUGGCAAAUUUCCUGUCUGGAUUGGAAGCACUGGCUCUGAUCCUCAAGCUCAAAAUGCAAAAUCUUGUCUCCCAACCAUGAAGGAUUCUCAAGUUCCACUUGAUUUGAGGAAGUCAUUUAAGAGGUGUGCUGCUCAUGUUUAUAUAAGUCGGCUGACUAAAGGCUUACAGACUUCGAUGAGAGGUGACACAGUCUCCUCGCAUCCUUCUCAGUCUUCAUCACCUGAUGGAGUGAAGCAAGAGCCUCCUAUAAUUCAGAACAGCCCAACUGUAAAGGUGAAUGAUAUGCAUGGAAUUGUUUCUACUGGGAACGUUGCCUCUACUGCUGAGAAGAAUCCAACUGAAGUUAGAAAUGCAAUCCUUUUGCACCAAAGACUCCUCCAAGAUCAGCAACAGGCUUCUACUACAUCUGGGUUCAAUUCUUUAGCAAAGCAGAACGCAGAUUUCCUUUCAUUGUCAGCUGGAAGUUAUGUGAUCAAAGGCACUAAUGGUCAUAACCUUGAAAUGCCUGUAACCUCACAGAAACAUCCUGCCCUGCAUUUCUUGCUUCCCCAGAAUGGUUAUUCAUCUGCACCUUAUCGUUACAAUCCUGCAACAGCAGCAACUCAGCAGUUGCAGGUUCUGCUGCCUCCAUAUCUUGGAGGUGUGUCAUUUUGUCCGUCAAGAGAAGCUACUAUGGCCUUACCAAGACAAAUGUCGCAGCAGAAUGAACUACAAAAUGCCCAUUUCGCUGCUCAGUACAAGUUUGGUGGAGUCUCUACCUCACAAAUGCGAGACUGGCAAAAUGCAGGGCGACCAAUGCCUAUCUUUGGGCCUUCUCAAGCUCAAUUGGCAGCUUCUUCUUCCUCCAUGGAAGCACUUUCUUCCAAGUAUGUUCCACCCUUGUUGAACGAGCAGGAGCUAAUGUCCAUUUCUACUUCACGAGCUACUUCAAGGAUCAGAGGACAAUAUUACAGUUUCCCUUCUGGCUUGGAAGGAAGCGGACAUGGACUCUACCCCAAUAGUGUCCCUUCACUGCAGCUUCUUUGCAAUGAUCGUCGUUAAUACUGAGAGUCAUGGCACCAUGUCGCCAUCUCCAAAGAUCAGACCGGACCUCCUGCAAAUCAUAAUUGAUUUAUUCUUUUCUUUGCUUAUGCAUGAGAGUAGGUGUUCAUUCUGUUCAUGAAUAUAAGGAACACAAAAGAAGGGAGGAUAUAGUAAAUUUUGUGUCUCUCAUUAGAUGCUUUUGGCUUUACUUAUUCUGUUUCAGUUUCAAUUAAUUAUAGAGAAACAACUUCAGAAAUGGUUGUUGGUUUUCGCCUAGAUGGAUUCCGUGGAAAGAAAGUUUAUCUGUGUCUGAGAAGUUUAUUGACUUGGAAGACGUGUAGUAGUAUACACAAGAAGAAUGGCAAUGAAAAAAUUUGCUGCUGCUUUAAAUUUCUUUCAGCAA